CGCUUGCGGGCUGCCACAGAUCUACACGACACCGCUCUUGCAUCUCCUCGGUCCAUCUGCACUGAUCUCCGUCCUGCAGCGUCCCAUCCACAGUCCACAUUCCUUCACACGGAGCCUGCCAGAGGGGGGGCGUGCUCGUCCAAAGUCGCUCGUUUCACACCAGCAGGAACACUGUUCACCGACAGAGACUCACCAUGGCUCCGGCACUGCACUGCAAACCCUUUACGUUGUGUCUUAUUUAUUUGUCGCUGCUGUUCGCCGGCGUGUUUUGCGUAGACGAUGCAGAAGAAGAUGAGCACGCCGAGCACACGUACACUGUGGAGAUGUUCAACGAGGCGGUGCCCACUGCACCCCACUUUGUCAUGUUUUACGCCCCAUGGUGCGGCCAUUGUCAGAGAUUACAGCCAACAUGGAAUGAAUUGGCAGACAAAUACAACAGCAUGGAUGAGCCCCCUGUCUACGUGGUAAAAGUAGACUGCGUCCAGGACACCAAGUUCUGCUCCAAUAUCCACAGUGUUAGAGGAUACCCCACGCUGAAGUUGUUUAAGCCAAACCAGGAAGCAGUUAAAUACCAGGGCGCCAGAUCUCUGGAGGCUCUGGAGACCUGGAUGCUGAAGACACUUCAGGAGGAGCCUUCGGAACCAGAGACCGAACUAGAGCCCCCGAAAGCCCCAGAACCCAAGCAGGGCAUGCAUGAACUCACUGCCCUCAACUUUAAGACCCACAUAGCUAAAGGCGCCCACUUUGUGAAAUUCUUUGCACCCUGGUGUGGCCACUGCAAAGCCAUGGCUCCUACCUGGGAACAGCUGGCCACCACCUUUGAACACUCUGACACCGUAAAGAUAGGAAAGGUGGACUGUACACAGCACUAUGAGGUGUGCUCUGAGAAUGGUGUGAGAGGAUAUCCCACACUGCUCUUCUUCUACAAUGGACAGAAGACAGAACAGUACAAAGGAAAAAGAGACCUGGACUCUUUCAAAGACUUUGUGGACAGUCAGCUGAAGACUGCACUCACUAAAGAGCAAGGUCAGGAACCAAAUGAAGAACAAAAAGCAAAUGAGAUCCCCACUGAUGAGCCAGCCAAAGAGGAAGAAAAGUCCAGCGUGUUGAUCCUGACUGAGACCAACUUUGAUGAGGCAGUAGCCAAGGGCAUCACCUUCAUCAAAUUCUACGCUCCCUGGUGUGGUCACUGUAAGAAUCUCGCUCCAACAUGGGAUGAUCUUUCCAAGAAGGAGUUUCCUGGCCUCACUGAUGUUAAGAUUGCCAAAGUGGACUGCACUGUUGAGCGCUCACUCUGCAACAAAUACUCUGUACGAGGUUACCCCACCUUGAUCAUCUUCAAAGCAGGUGAGCAGGGCGAUGAGCACCACGGUGGGCGGGACAUGGAGAGUCUGCACAACUUUGUGAUGAGGCAGGCGAGAGACGAGCUGUAGAAGCAGGGAAGUCGGCGCUCUACUCCACCACUCCACUCACCCACACUGCAUAUCUGGCCAGUAGGACACCAUUCUCUCUCCUACAGUGGCCAAACCUCUUUAUAUCUUUCUCUCCACUCGGGUGCUGUUUAAGCAGGGUGCAGUCAAUCCAGUAUUCAAAGACAGAAUAACUCAUUAGUGUUUGGAAUGUGAAUGUAUUUCUCAUUGCUGUUGCCCAACCUUAAGUCCUCUGAUCGUAUGGUGUUGGUUGGGUCUGCGAAUGAAUAUGUCUGACAACCACAAGCACUGCUCAACCUAUCAGAACCAGAACUCCUCGCACAAUUACCAAACUACGCUGUGGCACUAAACUUUCUCCCCGUUUAACAAAAAUCUACUGUUUCUGAGUUUUUUUCGAUGCAAAUUUUAAACGUGAGAUCUGUUGUUAAAUCGUAAGCCAUUAAUGUUACUGUACUGUCACUCAAACGGCUGUAAAGGUUGUGGAACCCCAGUGUGAAGUUGAGUGUUAAGUUGAAGGUACUUUAUUAUCCCCGCCAGCGAUGGCUCAUCAGACUUAACUCUCAGGGAAACACCCAUUCAGACUAGAAGACGUGGUGAUGGAGGCCCCAUUGUUAUCACAGGAGCCUAAUCAUGACAUUAUUCUCUUAACAAUCAUGACCAGAUUCUGCUUGUUUAAAAGUAAAGAGUUCUGAUAGGAAUUAUGACUCCUGUGAUCUCAAUCAGAUGUCCUUCUCUUCCUCCUCUAGCAUUCAGAGUCUCAGGCCUGGACCAUGUUGCCCCAUUUCUCUAUUACUGAACUGCUUCUGUUUAAUUUUUCCUUUGUUUAGAGAACUCAACCAAAUGCAGUUUGCUCAGGUUGGAUGGCUAUAGCUUGGUAUGGAGGGCUCCAGACUAACUUUAUUCACUCACUACUAAAAGUUGUAGGAGUGCCAACACAAAUAUUACUUACCUAGAUAUCUCCCAUGGAGCAUAAUGACUGUCUCUUGCCGCCAUGCAUGUUGCUCUUGGAUGGAUUUAAUCUUGUUCCUUCAGUGAAUGCAUCUCUGCCUCCUAAAUUUCCACCCAAAAUGCUCCAAAGUUUUAUUUAUAAUUGCUAACACAGGCUCCAAAAUUCUCAAGAUGAUAUAAAGAUGUGGAGAAAACCAAUAACCUUGUUGUUUUGAGGAACAAUAAACCAGUAUUUGGAUGGUUGGGUCAGUCUUCAGGAGUAAAAUACCAUCAAUUUACCACCACAUGAUGAUGAAUCUAUGAUUGUUGUGGGUCAGAUUUUUAUGAUCCCACUAAAUAUAUCUGGAUGAUUUACUGUCUGAUAGCAGAAAGCUGUGUUUUGUCAGGUUAAUUUGAAUAUGACUGAAUAAUGGAUGCUGGAGUGAUCAAAGUCCAGCUACACCAGGUGCCGACUCACUUUGACUAAUCAGUAAAAUGAUUCAGAAUGAGAAGCUUUGUUUGCUAAAACUGAUGCAACAUUUAGGUCAUCUGGUUUUAAUUAGGUAUUUUGACUGUACACACUAAUUGGAUAAAUUUAACUGAAACCACAAGUCCACCCUGGACAUGACAUUGUGUUUUUUGUGUUUUGGAGAUUCAAAGGUCCACGUAUCAGUCAUUAACCUUAGUGGAAUAGCAUUUGCAGUUUUGUCAAUUAAAGUUCAGUUAUUUUUUUUUUCAACCACGGUGUAGUAAACUGCACCCUAAUGCUCUUUGACCCAGGUUAUGUGAAACAUAUGUUCCGCAUGAUGCAGGGCACCAUUUAUCGUCUAACACAGGUACACAAACAGAGACACAGCAGUUUUUUUUUUGUCAGUAAAAGUUUUUAUGGAUAGCACAUGGUCGAAAGAACUCCAGUGACGGAAGUAUUUUAUUUCCUUUUCAUGGGUCGUGGAUUGUGCACCACCCAUAGAUUUUGUACAAAAAGAGUGAAUAAUGGCAAGUUGUAACAUGAGAUUUCGUAAUAAAUUUUUUUCAAAAAUAA